AGACCAGUCCUUCGGAAGUACGGAAAACGUGAAAACGGCAGUCAGUGCGUUGUGCGUGAGCGCGUGCGUUCUUCGGAGUCUACAACGAGGUCAAUUUCCACUGACUUGGGUGGGUUGGAUGAUUGCAUUCGGUUCGCUGAACAGACUUCCUUGUGUUUGUAGCGCCAUAGAAAUCCAAUCGAGGGGGGUUCGCUCCAUCGAAUUACUAAAAACCCAGUGCUUAUGACUUGAGUGCAUUCGUUCCGACGAGCGUGAUGGAUUUUCUAAGGCUGCAGUUGAAUUGCGUUGUUGCUGUUGAAAGUGGUUCGUUUGGUGGAAUUUGAUAUGAAUUCGAUGGAUGUGAAAUUUGAUUUGAUACGGUGAAAUGUUGAAGCUGCUAGUGAAGUGAGAUACAGCGUGAUAGUAAGUGACAAAGGCAAAGAAACCCAGUAGUGUGCAAAGCAACAAUGGCAAAGGAUUCAACAUCGAUCACAAGUGAGGAUAUCAACCCACAUGACCCGAGCGGAGCCAGUGGCGGUAGCUUCGAGACUGAAGAUGCGAGGACGCAAUCAAGGCGAGGACUCUGCAAGUGGUUCAACGUGAUCAAGGGAUGGGGAUUUAUAACGCCGGAUGACGGUGGACAGGACGUGUUUGUUCAUCAGAGUGUUCUUCAAAUGGAGGGGUUCCGGUCGCUGGGGCAAAACGAGCCUGUGGAGUUCGAAGCCAAAUUGACUGAUAAGGGAUACGAAGCGACCAAGGUUUAUGGACCGUCGCAAAGCCAAUGCAAAGGCAGCGAGUUCCGGCCAAGGGCUAAACGGAAGUACAGAAAAAUGAGAUGCUAUAAUUGUGGAGAGUUUGCCAAUCAUAUUGCUCAAAUGUGCGCCUUAGGUCCCCUGCCGAAACGGUGUCAUCAUUGCAAGGGCGAGGAUCACUUAGUAGCGAACUGUCCGAAUAAGCCUGCGACGUAACAGCAACUGCUUGCUUCAAACACCGAAGGCGCUACCAGAAUAAAGGAAAAUUCCAUAGCAGGGCCAGAUACCAAUAAUGAUUAUCUCCAAUGGAUAAAACAUGGUUGGAAACUGCGCUCAUGGGUUUGUGUCUUUGCUACAGUCAACGCAACAUAAUAUACCUCAUAUGCUCAGAAGACCAUCGCUCACAUACACAAACCGGCAAGCAUUAUCAACAUACAGUACAAACGAUAACCAACGAUUCCUAAUUGUAGAAAAGUACAAUUCACGAAAACCUGAUUAUGAUGGACUGCAAAAAAACGUAAAUGUUCCAUACUUUGUUAAAUGCAAGAUAGACUAAGAACAGUUUACUGAGUACAUAAGUUUCGACCCUUUGUGUGAAGGAUUGUGUAACUUUUUUUGGCACCUUCCUUUUCACGUGUUUUUUUUUUUUCUGCCAAAUGUUUUUUUUUGUAUUUUUACAACCCCAUAAUAAACGUAAGUUAGUUUUAAGACAUCACCAGACAGGCGUGUGGAGUUUAUUCCAAUAUUAGACGUAGACCGUGUGUGGAUUUCAACCUGGCUUGGUGGAUGGCGAUGAAACGGAUGAAUGAGAUGCGGAUGUUCGUGUAAAUACAGUAUGUGCAAUCAAUGCAAGUUCACAAGAGACAACGGAAACCAUUAACACGCUGACCGAUUAAAAUCAUAAACGAUUCAAAACCAAAACCCUUAUUUAUGACGGAUUGAGUUUUAGACUUAUGUCGAAGCAUUCUGGUAGAAAUAAUAACUGAAAAUAGAAAACAAAAAUCACUAACCUUCAUCUAGAGUUACUAGAAACAGCAUUCUGGUAUGUGUAAUUUAAGAUGCUACCAUGGGAGCGUACCACUUUUUGUAGUCACUAUUAUAGCUAAGAAGCGAAGAGUUUGAACUAAUAAAAAUUUUAUUAGCUUUA